UCCGUGGCGCUGCGCGGAGAACAGGCCGAGGCUACGGUGGCCCUGACGCACUCUCUCCCAGUCCCAGCAGCCUCUUCUCCCAGUCCUAACUGCCUCUUCCCCCGAUGGCAACGACGGCGGCCGAGGAGCCGCGGGAACCGGCGGACGUCGCCGCGCUGACCACGCUCCCCGACUGCCGCGGCCAGCGCAGCAACGGCAACAACAACAACAACAAUAACAACAACAACAAAGACAGCGAGGCGGCGGAGAGCCCGAGCUCCGGCGGCGGCACCGAGACCGAGACCGAGCCCCGGACCGCGUCGCAGAGCAUCGGCAACGGCUCGGGCAUCCACCCCGGCGGGGGGAGCAACGGGAAGUGGGUCCGGCUGAACGUGGGGGGCACCGUGUUCCUCACGACCCGGCAGACCCUCCUCAAGGAGCAGACCUCCUUCCUGUACCGGCUGUGCCAGCAGCAGGACCUGCACUCAGACACGGAUGAGUCGGGGGCCUAUGUGAUUGACAGAGACCCCACCUACUUCGGUCCCAUCCUCAACUACUUGCGGCACGGCAAACUGGUCUACAACAAGGAGCUGGCUGAAGAAGGUGUCCUGGAGGAGGCCGAGUUUUACAACAUCACGCCCCUGAUCAAAUUGAUCAAGGAGAGGAUCCUGGAGAGAGACUCCAAAGCCACGCAGCAAGUGCCCCCCAAGCACGUCUAUCGGGUGUUGCAGUGUCAGGAGGAGGAGCUGACCCAGAUGGUCUCCACGAUGUCGGACGGCUGGAAGUUUGAGCAGGUCAGCGUGCGCACCUGCAGAAAGCCCCGCACCGGACUGCUCUGGACUAUGGUGAACAUCGGCUCGUCGUACAGCUACGGAACAGAAGACCAAGCCGAGUUCCUGUGUGUCGUGUCCAAGGAGCUUCACACGCCUGGGACUGGACUGGGGACAGAGCAGAGCCACAAAACAAAGCCGGCGGAGCUGCAGGAGGAGGAAGCAGCGAAGGAUGAGGAUGAGGAGGAAGAGGAGGAGGAGGGAGGGAGAGAAACCACACCAAAUGAGUGGCUUAGAGAAUGAGGGAGGCAUGUUGCUUUGUUCCAAAGAGAGGUGGGAUUGGCUUUUCCAGAUCCACGGGUCACGGAUGUAAAAUAUCUCGAGAAUUUUACCUAUUUUCCUCGGAGGCUCAUAACAACUUUCUGUACAUUAUGUCGUGUGUUGUGUGUCGCAUCAACGGGCGUUUUUAUGAGUUCACUGACAAAAUGACAGAUUACCAAAAAAGGAUUCAUCAAAAAUAUUUUUUAUUUUUCAGUGAGAUUUUAUUGUUAAAAAUAAUAAAUCAUGUGUGCAGAUGUUAUAUUGCUAAGUAGUGGAGCUUAGUAAAUUAUAACCAAAGAUCCAGAUGAAAGCAGACUGAACCAUGGUGCUUAACUAGGAUUACCUUGAUCCUGAUUGGGUUUGCAGCGAGAAGCGGUAAAAAUCCAACCGACAUCGGAGGCUGCAAAUAGAUCAGAAUGCAUCCGUUUUGUUUUCAGACAUGGACUCCAGAGGAUGUCCGCGGAAUUGGGUGCGGACGUUCUCCAGAGUUCGCCUUUCACAAAUGAACAAUACAGCAGGAGAUUCUCUGCCCACAGCAAAACAGAUCUCCGGAGGGUUAGGUGAGGGGUAACUUUUAAAUUCCGCUCUGGAUAUCACGUUUUUGUUUACAUCACAUGGACACCAACGUUGGCCCUAAUCCCGGCUGUCUUCUCGUUUGAUUGCAUGAGGCAAGUUUGCUCAAGAAAAAAAAAUCUCCAUGGCUGCUGAGAAGCACUCACGGCUGUUGGGAAACAGCUGUCAACUGCAAACAAUUUUCCCAAGACCGACUCUUUGUCGUUAAACAUGUAGGGAAUGAUGUUGGUAUCGUAGUUAUUUGUUUCCCUCGGUGUGAACGUUGGUUAACACCGGUUUGAUCUCAUUCUACCCAGACUCCACAGCCUGUGUGAGGCUGGAUCACAUCUUGUCAGCACAUCCUGACAGCGUGCACUGCAUACAGAAGCCUGUCUCUCUACCUCUUUGAGCCUUAAGCCCAUUUUCCUGCAGUAGACACCGGUUUGAAUAAGCUCCGGCUCCGAUUGGCAGUGAUUGAAACAUGAUACCCGGGGCGAACGCGCUAAUUUGACAAGACAGCGAGGUGAGAGAGCGCCUCGGCUUUUGGUGCAUCUGUUUCUCGUCCAACAUGAUUCACCAGAAAAAAACCCUGAAAGACACUCAUCUACUGGCAAUGACAGAAUAGUCAGGCUUCUUUUGGCGGGUUUCCCAAAGUAAAUGUUGGUUUAAAAGAAGUAUUCCUGAGAGAUGGCCUCCGUAUGCAAGUCAGCACACCUUCAGUUUGCUUUCAGGUUUAGUUUUGUGCUGUGAGUGUGAGCAUUGGUUAACACUAAUUUGAUCCUGCUGUAAAUACUGUUAGCUUAGUUUAUGUGGGUUUGAUUGGCAGAGAGAGUCCAACAGGGCCCGGAUUAGGAGCACACAUACACCGCUCUACAUUUCACUCCCGGCACCAGCUCCCUGACACAUACCUGCAUCACCACGUGCACCGUGCACGCUCAGCAGCAGUGUCGUCUCAGUCUGACGCCCUGGCCGUGAUCCACAGCCAGCUUUCAGAUCCCUGGCUGACAGAGAGGAGUGGAGGGUGCGUCAGGAAAGGCUCGAACAGAGAGAGGAGUAGAGGGUGCAUCACGGGAGUCAAGUGUCCUCUGUCUGUGGCUGUUGGAUAAAGAGCAGCACUUGAAUCCCACUAUCAGCUCAGUGCAGGUGUGUGGGUUAAAAUAGGUGGUCGGAUAACGCGUGACUUAAACGAUCUCUGCUGGCAAACCGUAGGAACUGCACUACACUGAGUCACCUGCACACAACUCCUGACAGCUCUAAUGACUUUAAAUACACCAAGUGCAAGAGAAUUCAAUUGUAGAUAUCAUUCUGAAAAUUCUCCUCCCAUGAGGAUUUGACAGCAAUCUGGAGGUGUAGUUGCUUGAUGUCAGAAAGCCUGACUUUAAAAAACUGUUUCAUCAGUAGAUAUAAAUGUGUAAAUACUAGGGUUGUCAAAAAAAUUAUAAUAAUAAUUAUUAUAAUUAUAGAAAAAUAAUACAUCAAAAAAAUUACUUAAAUCAGACUCACUCUUUGAUGUCGCUGUGAUGUCAUCUUCCUGUGUCUGGUCCGUCGGCGCUCUUGCUCUCGUCUGGUGAAAAACUAUCGACCCCCCCCCCCCCCAGUAGAAAAGAUCAUUAAAUUCCUCACAGUCCCAAAUGUCAGACGAGGACAGUUCAGAUGAGAAAUCAACUGAUGGGCUUGUGUUGGAAAAAACAAAGCACAGAAAAAGUGUCACGCAGUUCACUUAGUUGAGAUAUUUGCAAGGAGAGACCAAAUUAAACACAAAGCACAACAACAGCACAGAUGGAGCGGCAGAGUCACAUAACCUACGUUUACAUUUUGUACAUUUAUUAUUCAAUACACUGCUUAACUCAGCAAAUACUGACAUGUGCGCCUAUUUUAGAUUAAUUAAGCACAAUGCAUGUCGAUUAAUCAGAUAGUUUUUCUUGACAGCCCUAGUAAAUACACUAUUUAACCAAAUCAUUGUAGAACAAAUGCUAACGUGGAAAUGGGGAAGGAUGUCCACGCAGUUAUCUGGUUAGCCAAGCAGAGUUAGCUAUACUCGCCAAAUAAGCUAAACUCACCAUCAGCUGUCCAGAUACGAUGGUCAACAGCUUUCAAAACAUCCUGUCAUGUAUGAUAAUGAAUGACUAGAAUAAGAAAGCACCGUCAUCCUCAUUUACUGAUUUACAGUUUCAUUUGUUGACAAGGGCAACACCAGGAUGCUUUUAUGCCAUACAAUAGCAGCUGGUUCAUGAUACGUGGGGCUGCAGAGGGCGCUGUUGCUCGGUUACACUUACAUCGUGCUGCUUGAAUUUCCUUUUAGCGAACGUUAUUCCGAUGUGGUUUGCUCCUUAGCCCCCACUCCCUGAGGUUAGUCACCACCAGAGAGAUAUUUUCUACGAUCACAUAGAGCGUUUACCGUCUGCACCUCGUGUCGCCCCCCCCCCCUUUGCUGUAUAGCUCCUGUGUAACACUGACUGACCCACAACAUGCAGGAAACACACAAAUAGACUCGAGGCAAUAAGCAGUUAGAGUGUGAGACAAUCGAAAAUUUAGAUCGUAGUUGGAAACUUUUUUUACUAACAUUUUGAUAAUUGAAUCUGAAAAAAACAUACGCAAAUACAAUGAUAUGUGUGUGUGAUAAGGUAAAGUGUCUUGUCCGUUUAUAGCAUAGAAACAGAUGUAUGGACCUUUAGGAUCCUUGCAAUACCUUAUUAGUUGGAUAAGGUGAAUACAGUAAAUGUAAGAAUAGUGAAGAUACAGUUACUCAUCAUGCUUACGAUAAUCACAACAAAGCGGUAGGAGUGAGAAGACUGAAAGAGACAGAGUUUUGUUAAUUGUUGUGUUACUCCAGCUUUUUUCCAACUUGGAUCAUUCGGUGCCUUGAGGUCAAACAGAUAAACUGGGCGUGUCUAAAGACUGUUGUGUCACAUUCAACAUAGGCGUCACUACAUGCAUUUUUUUUAAAUCAGCUGUUUUAAUAUUUCAGUCAAAACUGGUCUCUUGUUUGUUCCUUGUUUGAAUUUGUAAAUUUCUUUCAGCUCAUGACAAUUGUAUUUUUCAGGACUUGUUCAAGCAGAGAUAAAGGUGAUACAUACACUGAACAUGCACUGGGAUGUCUUGUGUUUGUAUUUCCUAUCAGUAUUCAAGAGCGUGUUCUUUCAGUUUGAGAGCAGACCUAUUGAUUUCACGUUCAGAUUCUGUAAUGCUGUCACUCAAAACCUUGCGCUUGCACUCAAAUGGCCCCUGCUUAGACAGAUUUCAUUACAUGUGCACAGAAAAGCAGCAUGAGCGCUUGUUUAAUCUGUAGAAGCGACAAAUUAUCUGACUGCAAUCACACGAUUUGAAAAGAAGCACAUGCAGGAGCUGGAUUUUGAGCUAAAGCGUUAUUAAAUAUGAAAUCACUAAAUCCUGCUCCCACACGGAAACGCCACCCUCUUGAAUAAAGACAGGGGACCAAAACCCAAUGUUUGAGGUAAUGCUGUUUGAAGCAGCUUGUGUAGAAGGUUUUAGUUUUGUAUAAAACGUCAUGCCUUUUUUGUACAUUUUGUGUUGUCUUAUUUAUUCUUGAGGGUUUUUUUAAUGCUACAAAGUGAAAAGAACUUGGGCUUGACCUUUUUAAUUGGGUUGGGGGUUGAUGUCAUGUGGGUGGGUUAUCUUUUUAUGUUUCACUGACCUGUUGAUCUUCAACAGUUACAAAAGACAAGUCAAUCAGAUUUUUGCUGAAUAUGUUAGAUUUGAGUUCACUUAAAUGCUGUUGAACAGAUGCCAACCCAAAAAUAGAGUUUAGCAUUUUCCUUUCAAAAUACAAAUGUAUUAGCAUUAGGUCAGUUUUAUAAACCUCAUUUGGUUUACUGGAUUCACGCUGAAUUGAUCCACAUUGACACUAUUCUUUGGAGGGUUUCUGAUGUACUAUAGUGUGUUUUCACAUGGUAUUUGAUGUAAACAACAGUGCUCUUUUAUUACUCUUUCCAAAAAAACAUCUUUAUCUGAUGCUGGAGUUAUUUUUCUGCUGUUCACCUGAUGUCAUAUCUGAAUGCAAAAAACAUUGUGACAUGAAUUUAAGGCCUCGGAUAAAACUGCUUCAACAAACACUGUGUGAACAAAACACAUCUUCAUCAAUGUGUCUAUUUGAUUUAUUUUUUUCCCCUUUUUUUACUUAUUGUAUAUGAAUGUCGCUGUUCUACAAAAAUAAAACUUUGUUCUUUGGUUUGAAAUAA